AUGAAGACACCACUGCUGGCCUGCGCUUUGUGGUCGCUGCUUCUGCGUCCAGGGCUGACGUUCUCCACGUCCAAGGUGACCCAGAACUGCGGCAAUGGCAGCUACGAGAUCACCGUCCUGAUGAUGAACAACUUGGCCUUCCCUACUUCUCUGGAAUUCCUGAAAGAGAGAGUGGAUGAGGGAGUGGAGCUGGUGCAGCAGCGUCUGCAGGAAGCUGACAUAAACGUGACCCUGAAAGCUAAUUAUAUCUACUCGGACAACUUGAUUUCUAAGUCAAAUGACUGUCGGAGCAGCAACUGUGAGGGUCUCGACCUGCUCCGGAAGAUCUCGAGGGAAGGACAUAUGGGCUGUGUCCUCCUGGGACCCUCGUGUACAUACUCUACCUUCCAGAUGUACCUUGACACCGAGAUAAUAAAGAACUAUUCCAUGAUUUCGGCUGGAAGUUUUGGAUUAUCCUGUGACUACAAAGAGACAUUAAGCAGGCUUAUGACUCCAGCUAGGAAGCUGAUGUACUUCUUGGUGAACUUCUGGAAGCACCAAGGCUUGCCGUUCAAAACCUCUGCGUGGAAAACUGCGUACCUUUACAAGAAUACUGACAAUACUGAAUCUGAGGACUGCUUCUGGUAUCUCAAUGCUCUAGAGGCUGGCGUUUCCUAUUUUUCUCAGGAACUUGAAUUCAAGGAACUGUUGAGACGACCUGAAAAUUUUCAGAAUAUAUUAAAAGAUAAGACCAGGAAAAGCAAUGUGGUUAUUGUAUGUGGUAAACCAGAAACCAUUGGCUCCCUCCGAGGUAACGGUACAGUGGAUGAAGACAUUGUCAUUAUUCUGGUGGACCUAUUCAAUGACCAUUACUUCCAGAAAAACGUCACAGCCCCUAGCUAUAUGAAUCACGUUCUUGUCCUGACUCUACCUCCUGAAACUUACACCUCAAAGGACUCUACAGCUAAGAACUCAUCAUCAGACACAGAUGCUUUUACUCUGGCCUACCUAAAUGGGGUCUUGCUCUUCGGACACCUUCUCAAGACAUUUAUUGAGAGCGGAAAAAGUCUUACCACCCUUGAGUUUGCUCAUGCUUUCAAAAACCUCACUUUUCAAGGGUAUGUGGGCAAUGUGACCUUGGACGACUGUGGAGACAUUGACAACACUAUGGAGCUGCUGUACAUCUCUCCGGAUACCAAAGAAUAUAAGCGUCUGUUGAAAUUUAAGGAAAAUAAUACUGAACCAAUAGAUUCAAACCCCACAUUCACUUGGAAGAACAGUAAACUUCCAGAUGAUAUUCCAGGCCGGGGCCCUCAAGUCCUGUUGAUCGCCGUCAUCACCCUCACGGGAACCGUGGUCUUGCUCCUGCUCAUCGCUCUCCUGGUGCUGGGAAAGUACAGAAGAGAGAAUGAACGCAGGCAGAAAAAGUGGUCCCACAUUCCUCCUGAGCAUAUCUUGCCACUGGAGACCAAUGAGACCAACCCUGUCAGCCUCAAGAUUGAUGAUGACAAAAGACGAGACACAAUCCAGAGACUUCAGCAGUGCAAAUAUGACAAGAAGAGAGUGAUCCUGAAGGACCUCAAGCACAAAGACGGCAAUUUCACGGAAAAGCAGAAGAUCGAGUUGAACAAGCUCUUGCAGAUGGACUACUACAACCUAACCAAGUUCUAUGGCACCGUGAAGCUGGAAUCCAUGAUAUUUGGGGUGAUCGAAUAUUGUGAGAGAGGAUCCCUCCGGGAGGUAUUAAAUGACACGAUUUCCUACCCUGAUGGCACAUUCAUGGACUGGGAGUUUAAGAUCUCCGUCUUGUAUGACAUCGCAAAGGGGAUGUCCUAUCUGCACUCCAGUAAGACAGAAGUCCACGGCCGCCUGAAGUCCACCAACUGCGUAGUAGACAGCAGGAUGGUUGUGAAGAUCACGGAUUUCGGCUGCAAUUCCAUUUUACCUCCCAAGAAAGACCUGUGGACAGCCCCCGAGCACCUCCGCCAAGCCGGCACCUCCCAGAAAGGUGACGUGUACAGCUACGGGGUCAUCGCCCAGGAGAUCAUCCUGCGCAACGAGACCUUCUACACCGUCAGCUGCCGGGACCCAAGCGAGAAGAUCUUCAGAGUAGAACAUUCCAACGGAGGGAAGCCCUUCCGCCCAGAUCUGAUCCUGGAGACGGCAGAGGAGAAGGAGCUGGAGGUGUAUCUGCUGGUCAAAAACUGCUGGGAGGAAGAUCCGGAGAAGAGACCUGAUUUCAAGAAAAUCGAGACGACUCUGGCUAAGAUCUUUGGCCUUUUUCAUGACCAAAAAAAUGAAAGCUAUAUGGACACCUUGAUCCGCCGCCUGCAGCUGUACUCGCGGAACCUGGAGCACCUGGUGGAGGAAAGGACGCAGCUGUACAAGGCGGAGAGGGACAGAGCGGACAGGCUCAACUUCAUGCUGCUGCCCAGGCUAGUGGUGAAAUCUCUGAAGGAGAAAGGCAUCGUGGAGCCUGAACUCUAUGAGGAAGUCACCAUCUAUUUCAGUGACAUUGUGGGGUUCACCACCAUCUGCAAGCACAGCACCCCCAUGGAAGUGGUGGACAUGCUCAACGACAUCUACAAGAGCUUUGACCACAUUCUCGACCACCAUGAUGUGUACAAGGUGGAGACCAUUGGCGAUGCCUACAUGGUGGCGAGUGGUUUGCCCAAGAGGAACGGCAACCGGCAUGCGAUAGACAUCGCCAAGAUGGCCUUGGACAUUCUCAGCUUCAUGGGCACCUUCCAGCUCGAGCAUCUUCCUGGCCUCCCGGUGUGGAUUCGCAUUGGCGUUCACUCAGGUCCCUGCGCUGCUGGAGUCGUCGGCAUUAAGAUGCCUCGCUAUUGUCUGUUUGGAGAUACGGUCAACACGGCCUCCAGGAUGGAGUCCACCGGCCUGCCCUUAAGGAUCCACGUGAGCGGCUCCACCAUUGCCAUCCUGAAGAGGACCGAGUGCCAGUUCCUGUACGAAGUCAGGGGGGAGACAUACCUAAAGGGAAGAGGCACGGAGACCACCUACUGGCUGACGGGCAUCAAGGACAAGGAGUGCAACCUGCCCACCCCUCCCUCCGUGGAGAAUCAGCAGCGCUUGCAAGCGGAAUUCUCAGACAUGCUGGCCAACUCCUUACGGAAGAGACAGGCCGAAGGGGUCCGAAACCGCAAAGUGCCCCGCGUGGCCAGCUACAAGAAAGGCGCGCUGGAGUACCUGCAGCUGACCACCGACAAGGAGACAACCCACCUGUGA